AUGAGGCUGUGGACGGUGUUGACUAUUUUCUUCGUCUUCGGUACCUCUGCAAAUGCACAAGCCGCACUUCAAGCUCUGGCAAAGGAGUUACCGCCAUGCUCCCUAGCUUGCUUCAUGUCCGAGAUACCCAAAACUACCUGCGCCAACAACCUCACUUCGGAAUGCUUGUGUACAAACGAAGCCUUGAAUGCCGCUGUCACCCUUUGUGCUUCGAAAACAUGCACUGUCUACGAACUGCUCCAGACGAAGAAUAUAUCGAGCACCAGCUGUGGAGCACCAGUUCGAUCCAGCGGACGAAAGUUCAUCGUGCUCGGAACAGCCGGCAUUGGUCUUGCAGUAUUGUCUUUCAUUUUGCGAAUGGCAGCAUGUCUGAAGGGCCGUUCAAUAUCAUGGGACGACGCCGCAAUGGCUCUCGUGGUCGCUUUGGCAAUACCUCCAGCUGCCUUUGGCUUUAUGCUGAUUGACAAUGGACUUGGGCGAGAUAUGUGGACGCUCAAAGACUACCAAAUAACCAACGUGCUUUUUUACUAUUUCAUGGGCGAAAUCUUUUACAUCCUCGCGCUCGGCUUUUCGAAGAUAUCUAUCCUCUUCUUCUACCUUCGAGUCUUCCCGGCCAGGGAGUUUCGCAUGCAGAUAUACGGCGUUAUGGCCUUAUGCGGAGCGUAUACAAUCGCCUUCUUCUUCGCCACCACCUUCCAGUGUAUCCCAGUGAGCUUAGCCUGGACUCAGUGGGAUGGUCUGCACGCAGGCAAGUGCAACGACAUCCAUCUUCAAGGCUGGGUCGCGGCCGCAAUCAACAUCUUGCUGGACGUCAUAGUUAUGGUCCUCCCGCUGAAGCAUCUCGCCGGCUUGAACAUGACACUUAAGAGGAAGCUUAUGGUUAUGUCCAUGUUCUCGGUUGGCGCCAUUGUCAUCUUCACUUCGGCCAUGCGCCUUUACUCACUCGUCCAUUUUGCUAACUCGCACAACAUCACAUGGGACUAUGUUGAAGCGGGUUAUUGGAGCCUGAUUGAGGUUGACGUCUCCAUCAUAUGCGGCUGCAUGCCUGCCCAUCGCAUGCUCAUUGCCAGGGCGUGGCCCAAGAUCAAGCUGACCUUCCACUCCACAAAGGGCAACUCCAUGAACUCUAAGGAUUUCACUGCAGCGUCGAAAUCGAAUGCACUGACUAGCGACAAGGCUGUGAGAGUCUCCAUCAAACCACAGACGAAAGACGAUCGCGAGUUCGUACCCUUGGUGGAUAUCGAUACCCGAAACAUUUGGACACAGCAGACUGCUACGAAGGAAUCCAGUCGUUCGAACUUAUCCGCUGCGGAGUCUUGCGAAAGUGACCACUCGGAUGGCUGGCCGAUAGGGAGAUCAACAACGAGCAGGGAACAUGUUUGA